GAUUCAUUUGCAGGACCACAGGACGCGGCUAGAUGGGUAUCAAAGGUCUCAUGAAGCUCCUUACGGACGAGGCGCCGAGCUGCGUCAAGGAGAUGCAGAUGUCACAGCUGUCAGGGCGCAGCGUGGCCAUCGAUGCGAGCAUGGCGCUCUACCAGUUCCUCAUCGCUGUGCGCAGCACCGGCGACGGCGGCGGCGCGGCGCAGCUCACCAACGAAGCCGGCGAGGUCACGUCGCACAUCCAGGGCAUGUUCAACCGUACAAUUCGCCUCAUGGAGAACGGUGUCAAGCCCGUGUACGUCUUUGACGGAAAGCCGCCCGUUAUGAAGAGCGGUGAGCUCGCCAAGCGCACGGAGCGGCGCCAAGAGGCCCAAGCAAACUUGAAGACGGCCACAGAAGAAGGCAACCAAGAUGACAUUGACAAGUUCACGAAGCGCCUCGUCCGUGCCACGCCGCAACACAGCGAAGACUGCAAGGAGCUCCUCGGACUCAUGGGCGUUCCGUUCAUCACGGCGCCGUGCGAGGCCGAGGCCACGUGCGCGGCCCUCGCCAAGGCGAAAAAGGUGUUUGCCGCCGGUACGGAGGAUAUGGACGUCGUCACGUUCGGUACGCCCGUGCUCUUUCGCCGCUUGACGAUCGCCGCGAGCCGGAAGCUCCCGAUCUUGGAGAUCCGGCUCGAGAAAGUCCUUGAGGAGCUCAACUUGACGUACGAGCAGUUUGUCGAUCUCUGCAUUCUCUGUGGCUGCGACUACUGCGACACGAUCUUUGGUAUUGGCCCCAAGAAGGCGCUGAACGCGAUCAAGGAACACAAGACGAUCGAAAACUUCAUCGCGCACCUCGAGAAGCACCCGAGCAAGGGCGUGACGGUGCCGCAGGACUGGCUUGGCGAAGACGCCAUCUACAAGCAGGCGCGCGGUAUGUUUAUCGAAGCCGAGGUGGCCGACGUGUCGGAGAUCGACUUCAAGUGGAAGGAUCCCAACGUCGAUGAGCUUCGUGCGUUCCUUGUCGAGAAGCACGGCUUCAACGCUGAGCGCGUCCUCAACGGCAUUGAGAAGCUCAAGAAGGCCAAGACGUCGCACUCGCAGCAGCGCCUCGAGAGCUUCUUCACGGUGCUGCCGUCGGCCGGCGCCAAGCGGAAAACGGUCGACGACAAGAAGGGCAAGGGCAAGGCGGCGCCGGCCAAAGGUGCGCCGUCCAAGCGCGGCCGCAAAAAGUAGAGCCUAUGUAACUUCUCUACCUGCGUCUGAUGCAUUCCAUGCCACCACG